AUGACUGGAGGCAAGUCCGGAGGAAAGGCCAGCGGCUCCAAGAACGCGCAAUCCCGAUCUUCCAAGGCCGGUCUCGCAUUCCCCGUUGGUCGUGUCCACCGUCUUCUCCGCAAGGGCAACUACGCUCAACGUGUUGGUGCUGGUGCCCCCGUCUACCUCGCCGCCGUUCUCGAAUACCUCGCGGCUGAAAUCCUCGAACUGGCUGGUAACGCCGCCCGUGAUAACAAGAAGACCCGUAUCAUCCCCCGUCAUCUCCAGCUCGCCAUCCGCAACGAUGAGGAGUUGAACAAGCUUCUGGGACACGUUACGAUCGCACAAGGUGGUGUCCUGCCCAACAUCCACCAGAACCUGUUGCCCAAGAAGACGGUCAAGGGAGGAAAGACUGCCAGCCAAGAGUUGUAG